AUGAGCUACCACGAGUCCACGCCCAAUCUUGCUCAUCCAGGUAUGGAUCGAGGUCGUGAUCGUGUCGCAGAAACAUAUGCAGCCAGUGACGACGCCUCCAUCGCCCAUUCUUCGCUGGAUGCCGGGGACGAUCGAUACACGCCCAUUAAUGUUGACGGAAUUGAUGGCUAUGAGGAACCAAAUUUCAAACCUUUUGUCCUUGGUACGGGGUUCUUGACAGUCGCUGCACUUUGGUUCUUCCUUUGCCUUGCUGCUGUUACUGGUUUGGUCGUGGUUGGGCGCAAACAACCGCGUUGGCUCCGCUUCCAAUCACAAACGAGCUAUAACCUCUGGAUCUAUCUUCCCAAUGUCAUUGCCUCGGUGACGGUCCUGGCAUUCAGAUCCAUUGUGCAGCAGUACUAUCGUAUCAUGCCAUAUGUCAAAAUGGCCAAUGUGAGCACGGACCAUCAGCCAGAAGGCCACAACCUUCUUCAUACUUCCGAUGAGCUCAGCACUCUUCCUGGAUUCAUUCCUGGACCAGGCCGGUUGUUGUAUAUGUUUCAUCGGAAGGAAUACUUGGCCUUCACUCUUUCGAUAUCACUCACCGCGAAUGCGCUUCUGGCCCCUUUCAAGUCCAGUUUCCUUCAACCCGUGGAAGAUAUCCAAGGAUGGCAGGUUACUGUUUCCGUGGUAUCCGGUGCUUUUGUGGCUUCAAUCUACCUUGUUCUGUUUGCCUCGGUAGUGUGUCUAAUUGUAUACUUGGAGCGCCAUAAGACUGGUCUUCGAUGGAGCCCUUGCUCCAUUGCAUCACAACUCUCUUUGGUUCAAGGGUCGAAUAUAUUUCCCGCAUUUACUGGCCUUGAGCUUACGCGGGCCAGAAUAGAAGUCAUCCGAGUCCUUGAGAAAUGGCCCUCAAAAUAUGGCACGCUGCGACUCGGAUACUGGAGACAACGGCAUACUGGUUUGAUCGUUCACGGUAUCAGAUUUUUCCGCAACGAAGGAACGUUGGCCGGCGGACAUUCUCGAGUGGCCAUGGCUCAUGGUGGUCUGCAAGUUCAUGAAAAUGAACCAGCAGAAUCUCAACCUGAAAUGGAUUCUGAGGGUGAUCCACGAACGUAUGGUGAAGAGGAAAGUUUUCCUAUGCGUUCGUUACGAACAGUCCUGGCUCCACAGACUCGUUAUACUCCGCUGGAACCCUAUGGUGCUACCGUGCCGUCAGCCGACCACGGUACUGCCCCAGAACCCCUUUCCGUUCUUGGAGCCACCACGCAGCAGUCACACUCCGCAGCUACGGAGAUUGAGGGAUCUGCUGUGGGAUACAAUAGGAUUCGAGUGCAGAGCCCCGUGGCGCCACUGGAAGAUGGAGACGAGCUCGAAUCACAUGUCGCCCCUCCUCCGGAUGGCUCUGUUCAAGAUGUAAACGAAUUGUUUGAUCAAGAGAAGAAUCAAGAGUUCUCUUCGAAAUACAGACGACCUCGGGUUGGUAACUUCUACCUGACCGACGUUUACAUCCUGCCAGUCUUCCUAAUAGGUAUAACAUUAUUUAUCUGUUCUAUUGUCUAUUGGGCCAAGGGGAGCGUUUCCCAACCGAUUGCGUUUCGACCCAAAUUGUGCCGGCUUUCGGACGACCUUCGACGGCAAAAUGCAGUCUUGUGCAUUUUUGAGCGAGGUUUGGUGUUCAACGUCCUCCCCGUCUUUCUCUUCGGUCUCUUCUCACCGACAUUCAUAGUCUCCGACCAAUAUCACCGCACAAUGCGACCGAUUCAAAACAUGGCCGCCUCAGUGCAAGGAACUUCGGCCCAACAAUCUGUUCUUCUUGACUAUCUCUCAACCGACCCCGUUUCUACUAUCGCCAACGCACUAGUGGCCCGCAAUUUUCGGAUCGCAUGGGGUGUUAUCCUUGCUACCGGGAGCACCUUCACCCACGUUAUCAUUGGACGCGUCUUUGUCUACGGUGAGGUUGGGAACGACGCAUUGAUGGUCAAUAUCAGACUUUCGAACUUCUACGGCGCGUUCGCGGUCCUGGUUCUUUACUGCAUCGCUAUCUGGGUGGCAAGGCCCUACGGCAGAAUCAGAACGUGCUGGCCGAUUUUCACAUUUAUUGACUUUGUGUCUCUUUGCUACCAGAGUCCCAUACUUCGAUGCCCAGAAUUUUGGGUCCAGCGAUCGGACGACCAGGAGGAACAUCUAAAGGCGCAAGUGACGUUGGCGAAGCGGAGGUAUUUCUUUGCCGGCUAUCUUGGCCAUGACGACGAGCUUCAUCUUGGUAUCACGACGGGAUACCUUCCAUCAUGGCGUGAGAGACCGGACGAUGAUAUCGAUUGCUUGCAAGCGACAGCGACUGUGGCAAGCAAGGCUCUAAACGCGGGAUUCUACGACGUUGCGUCUAGGGAAGCCUUACAGGCUCUGCUUCCCACUAUAUCGGGCCCGUUACAAUGGCGGCCAGCGGGCAUCUAUACCGGAUACAACUCCUGGAAGAUCAACUUUCGACGGCUUUUCCACGCGUGUGGAAAUAUCCUGUCAAUUCCAACCGGAAAGGCACGCAGAAGGAGUCACUCUACGUCUCGACUCGAUCGCAAACGGCAACGGCGGGAUACUGAAUCUGGCCAACGUUCCACGCAGAGGUUAUCCGAACAGACGACUUCAGGCAUUGAGCUCGUGAGGCCUGUGCACCGAAGGGGGACAGGCACUGUGUCUUUGUAG